AUGGCUGAUCAUCAAAGAAUUCAUCCUGCUGUGGAUGUGGAGGCGCCACCACCAUCACCAACAGUGCCGCCUAUGGUGCCUCAUGGACACCAGAGUUCUUCAACAAUUACACAAAAAGAGAUGAAAGAGAGAGGUAUAGGUACUAGUCCAGUUGAUCAACAGCAUCGCCCUCCAUUAGGUUUAAGACCAUCACAAGUUGCGCGUGCCAUUCCAGUAAUCCCUGCAGAGCCGGAGCAACCAGAAAAGAGGAGCUCAUCAUCUACUUAUUGCAGAUGUAUGUGUUGGGCACUGAGCAUCCUUCUCCUUGUAUUGAUCACAAUAGGAGCCACCGGUGGAAUACUUUAUAUUAUCUUCCGCCCGAAACUUCCAAGCUACUCUGUUAAUAGCUUGAAGAUAAGCGAUUUAAGGCUCAAAUUGGACAUGAGCCUAUAUGCCGAAUUCGAUGUUAAGAUAACAGCUAACAACCCAAACAAGAAGAUUGGGAUUUAUUAUGAGCAAGGUGGCCGGUUGAGCGUGUGGUAUAUAAACAUGAGGCUUUGUGAAGGGGCACUGCCAAAGUUUUACCAAGGUCACCAGAACAAAACAGUAAUCAAUGUGGUCUUGACGGGCCAAAACCAAUACGGAAACACAUUGAUGAAUGCACUGCAACAGCAACAACAAACUGGAAGCAUCCCCUUGGAUCUUAAGGUUGAUGCACCGGUAGCAAUUCAAGUGGGGACACUGAAGCUCAGGAAGGUCAGGAUAUUGGGGCAGUGUUUGUUGGUUGUGGAUAGCCUCACCGCUAAUAAUUUCAUUAGCAUAAAAGCUAAUAAUUGUAGAUUUAGAUUGAAGCCUUGA